AUGGCUUCAUACCCGCAAGACGCUCAUAACGACAUUUACCCUUCAGACCAGGGCAAUGAUUCCAGCAAGACAAACAGCAAAGAGAAGAUGCCUCUCGAUGCUGAGAAGGGCCACAUCGAUGACGUUCAGUCCGCUCACAAUGUCCCUGUCGUGGAAAACGGCUUCGGUGGUGGUGAGGGCGCAAAGAACUUUCGCAACAUGUCAAAAUGGGACACAACUUUCGCUCUCCUUACCAAUCAAGUUGGACUCGGUGUUUUGUCACUACCUAGUGUUUUAAAGACUAUGGGAAUUAUCCCUGGUUUGAUUGCCAUCAUCGGAAUCGGAGUUUUAAGUUGGUAUACCGCUUUCGUCCUGAAGCAGUUCUAUGGCCGUCAUUCUCAUGUUUUGAACGUGGUGGACAUGGCCAAGGUUGUUGGAGGACGUCCUCUUUCCAUCGCCGCCGGAAUUGGUCUGCUUGUUCAGGUCAUCAUGACAGCUGCUUCAGCUAGUGUUACUCUCUCCAUUGCCUUCAACACCAUUUCACGACAUUCUAUCUGCACUGUGGGCUACAUCGGAAUCGCUUGCCUCUGCUGCUGGGUCCUCUGCGCGCCACGAACCUCCAAGUUCGUCUCCCAGUCAGGUAUCCCCUGCAUGGUCUCCGUCAUCGCCGCUUCCAUCCUCGUCAUGGCCUCUCUCGGAGCCAAGAAUCCCACAGCUGCGCCCGCAGACUGGCACAAGGAGAUCUUGGUCGUCGCCAACCCAGACUUCCGUUCCGGCCUCAACGCCUGUCUCAAGAUCUGCUACGCUUACUCGGGUAACAUCAACUUUGUCACUUACAUGGCCGAGAUGGUUGACCCCGUUCGCGACUUCGGCUUUGCUCUCGCUUGGUUGGAGUGUGUCUCCAUCGGGUUCUACGUGGUUGUGGCUAUUGCCAUUUACUGCUUGGCUGGAGAGUACACCGUCUCGCCUGCUCUUGGCUCGGCUCCCGAGCUUAUCGCCAGGAUUGCCUACGGCAUCGUUCUCCCUGCCAUCUUCUCGACUGGUCUUGCCUUUGGCCACACUGGUAUCAAAUACGUGUAUGUCCAGGUCAUGAAGCACUUCAAGCUCCAGAGCGAGAUGACUGCCAACAACGUUCGUUCUUGGUCCAUCUGGAUGACCAUUGUGACCGUCUUCUGGGUCCUCUGCUUCAUCAUCUCCAACGCUAUCCCCGUCUUUGACUCCAUCCUGUCCAUUGCCUCAGCCACUACCAUUUCGUGGUUCACUUUCGGCUUCAGCGGCAUCUUCUGGUUCCACAUGAACUGGAACAACCUCUUCUCCAGCCCCAAGAACAUUGCCCUGUUCUGCCUCAACGCAUUCCUUAUUGGAAUCUCACUCUUCAUGAACGCUGCUGGCCUGUGGUCAUCAAUCACUGAGCUGUUGGAUCUGUUUGCCAAUGCUUCCAGUUCCAUCCAGGGUGUCUUCUCCUGUGGCAGCAACUCCAUCUUCUGA